GACGCUGCACCUUGUCCAGAAUCUGUACUGGCUGGAAAUGCGGAGACUGAGACAUUUUAGUUCAAAGACAACAACUGAGAGCGACGUUUGGAAUAAACUUGAACAUUUCAAGUCAUUUAUUUAGCUAUGAAUAUUAUUUAAAAUCUAAAAAGAGCUCCUUCUGAAGAAAAUGUAAGCAUGCAGCUCGUUUUAGGGCUCCUGUUGGUCGGAGUUCAUCUCGUCUGUGCUGGAACACACUCUCUGAGAUACUUCUACACUGGUGUGUCUGGAGUCCGUGACCUCCCAGAGCUCACUGUGGUUGGUCGGGUUGAUGAUCAGCAGUUUAUGUACUUUGACAGCAAGAUAAUGAAGGCUGUGUCAAAGACUGAGUGGAUCAGACAGAGUGAAGGAGAAGAUUACUGGGACAGUCAGACUCAGACUGAUAUUACCUACCAUCGGAGCUUCAAAAACAACAUCCAAGUAGCAAAGGAACGCUUCAACCAGACAACAGGUGUGCACACGUUCCAGCAAAUGUACGGCUGUGAUUGGGAUGAUCAGACUGGAGAAAUAAAUGCAUUCUACCAGUAUGGAUAUGAUGGAGAGGACUUUCUGUCUCUGGAUCUGAAGGAGAUGAGAUGGAUUUCUCCAGUGCAGCAAGGAUUCAUCACUGUUCAGAAGUGGAACAAUAUCGGAGCUCUUCUUGAGAGAGACAAACGUUACUUCAACACUGAGUGCAUCGAGUGGUUGCAGAAGUAUCUGGAGUAUGGAAAGAGCAGCCUGAAGAAAACAGUCUCUCCUCAGGUGUCUUUGCUGCAGAGGUCUUCCUCAUCUUCAGUCUCGUGUCAUGCUACAGGUUUUUACCCCAAAGAAGUAACAAUCUCCUGGAUGAAGAAUGACCAAGAGCAUCAUGAGGAUGUUGUUCUUGGUGAACUUCUUCCCAAUGAGGACAGGACCUUUCAGAAGACCAGCACCAUCAAAGUUACACCUGAAGAGUGGAAGAACAACAAGUUCAUCUGUGUGGUGCAGCAUCAGGGUGAAACCAAGAGAGUGAAUGAGAUCGGGACUAACCCGGAUCAUCCACAGACAGCGGGUGGAAAUGAAGAAGCUGAAGUCUCUAGUCAAGAUGCCCUCACUCUCGCCGUUAAAGACGUGGCAGCUGGUCUACGGGAAAUAAAUCAGUCACUGAAUAAACUGAUAGCAUUGCUUGGCAGUAACAGAAGUGCAUAAAUGUGAAAUAUUCCCUAAAACUUUUUUGCAAUCGUAAAAACACUAUUACAAAUGCCAUUUGCUCAAUUAUAUAAUGUGCACUACAACAAACUAGAAAAGCUAUUAAAACAUAUAUAGAAUGAGAUUAUAUACCAUUAUAAACAUUGUAUCAACUGAAGGCGUGCUUGAAGCACUGCUUUUCCUGGCGCGUGCAUGUCAUCAGCGUGCCACAACUUUUAGUAUGUUACAGCUUGCAUCACAGAAUUAUUAUUAUUAUUUUUAUUUUUCUCUUUAUCUGAAACCUCAAAUGCUGAAUGUUGGUUAUGUGUUUACUAUAAGUUAAAACCUUUGAGCAUCAUUAGAAAUAGACAAAUUUCACAUGCAUGUUCUUACUGCUUUUAGUAAGAGUUUACUACAUGAGGAUUGUUCACCACAGUCAAUGACCAUGUAUUGUGCAAAUCAUUCAAAGUUCAAAAAGUUACAUGUACUUGUUUAUAUAGAGUACAUUUAUAAUAUUUAAAGUAAUUGAUGAGCCGUUAUUUUGUAUCAUUACACACGGCCUGUCACUCCUCACUUUUCCCCAGUUCGUGCCUUUUUCUUUCCCCCUCAGUUAGGUUUUCUAUACCUCUUUUAUACCACUCAUCUGCCUUUCUUCUAGUUCUGUAUAUUAUUAGAGAAACUGAUGUUUUGAUGAAAUGGAUGUUAAAGCACUUGUGUUCUUAAAUGGCUUUUUAAACCUGUUUUCCUACAAGAAUUUGUAUUCUCAAACCAGUGUUAAAGCUUAUACAACAUUGCUUGAAUUUAUUUCAAUAAAAAUUUUUUAAUUUUUGAGCA